GGAGGUAUCGAGAUAUUUACACAAUCUUUGAUCGAUUAUUCCCCCAAGAAAAAUCCCAGACUGUACAAAAAUGGCUGCUGAAAGGUCAAACGUCUCCGCCGACCUCGUCUGGCAAAUCACCCGCAACCAGAAUGCCUUCCUCGUGCAGCGCAACAAUGCUGGAGGUGUGCGAUUCUCCCGCGAUCCUUUGAACCCCGUCAACAUUCACUCCCGCAAGUAUGCUGGAUACGCCAACGACAAGGCCCUCGGCUUGCAGUCCUCUGAGAACGGUGGUGUCGUUCUCAUUGCUAAGAACGCUAGCAACACCCAGAACCCUGCUAAGAACAUCCGCACUCUCACAUACGGACCCAACACCUCCAGCCGCAAGUACGUGCCUCUAGUGCUUUCUGAACUCGAGGACAUUCAGUUUUCUUUCAGCUACAUUUGCUUACCAGGCUUCACGUGAACAGGAUCUACAAGAGCGUCGCCAGCAACACCGCCAAGAAUGGAUACCGUGCGGACUUGAGGGAAGUCGCUGUCGCUCGUGUCAGCGCUAUCCGUCGUUCUCAACAACCCAAGAAGGAUGCUCCUGCCCCCAAGCUCCGUGGUACCAAGGCUAAGCAGGCCGCUGCUCAGGAGUAAGCGGAUUUCCUUCGAUGCAUCAUAUGAAAAGGCGAAGAGAGGGGGAGAUGGUGAAACUGGAUAUUUUUAUGGCGCCAGGUUUUUCCAUGGACUUUUGAGUCACGUGUGUGUAUUGUUUGAUAUAAUAAAAGAAAUAAGACACCUUGACCAAGUCAGUGAUGGCAGAUACCACUCAAUUAUUCUCUCAGAGGUGUCAAUUCUACCCGAUAUCGUCAAAAGCGAGGUUAGAUCGAGCGCAAUUGACAGGAAAUACCGGCAGUCUCUCGUUUUAUGUGUCUAGGAGACUAUUCCAUUUCUCCGCUGCGAUUCUGUUUGGGUAGUCAACAGGAAUGCAAACGCCAAUAAGAUCAGAUUGUGUCUCUCGAAUGUGGACUUGUCUAAGAUCGACU